GGGAGCCAGACAACUCGCCCCAAAGCCAACUCGCCCCAGGACAAGUCGCCCCGAAAAUCUGGACAAGUCGCCCCAAAUAUGUUGGACAACUCGCCCCAAUCGAAAGACAACUCGCCCCAAUUUUGUUUCUUAUAUAUAGUAUUAUAGAAAUUUUGUUCAUAUAAAAUUUGUUAAGUUUAAUGUAUUAAUAUUCGUGAUUAUUGUUUUUAGGAAAUGUAGUUGUAUGAUGUUUUUUUUUCAUUUCAUAUUGUAAAACUUUGUAAUUCAAUAAUUGUUUACAUACCGGAUUGCUUUUAGUAAUAAAUUGUUAUUAGCUUUUUUAUGAUUGUGUUUAUUAAAAUAAGCCCCAUUUAGUUCGUCUUGUUUUGAAAACGUGUGAAAUGUUAAACGUUUAUUUUGACGGCAUGCUUUCAUUUUCUGUUCAAAGAUUGUUUAAUGAGACAUUUUGUAUGAUAGUUUGGUUUAAUUAAAGAAUAAUGGAAUGUCUUUGUGUUAGUUAUGUUUUGAAAACGUGUGAAUUGACGAAAAUUAAUUAAGCCGGCAUGCUUUCAUUGUCUGGUCAAAGAUUUAUUAAUAAGACAAACGGUAUGACAGUUUGGCGUGAUUAAAGAAUAAAUAAGGUAACACGCUUAACCAGACAACAAUGCUGUUUGCAAAGUAAUUAUAAGGGCUGACUAUAUAUAAAGAGGGUAUCUGAAUGAGCCCAAAGUAUGUGUUUUGUUUGUGUCGGACAAUACUAUUUGUGACUUGGAAUACGAUUGCUAUAUAGUGGUGUCGGUUUCAGUGCAUCUGCCAUGUGUUCAAACAUAUAUGUGCUUAUUUGAUGUCGGAUACAAUAAUUUUCUAGUGUUAGUUAGUUUUGUGUUUGUGUUUCUGCAAUGGCAGAAGUGGCAAGUUGUAUACAUUGUGGAAAGACAGUUGGGCAGAGGCAACGUGCUGUUUCUUGCGAUGCCUGCGAGCGAUGGCAACACAUAGGCUGUGAUUCUGGUAUAUCCCUGGCAGAAUACAAAGCAGCAACAAGAGACGAAAGAGAAAUUCACUUUCUAUGUGCAGAAUGUUGCAGAAGCAUUCCCACUAUUCAUAGUGUGCCUGAGGACGAAAGGGUAUCACAUGUUGACCCAGAUUUAACACAGUUAGUAGAACCUGAUAGUGCUGACGCGACAUUUCUGAAUGGGGACGUUUAUUCUCCUAUGGCCGCCCCGGUUGCAGAAUCAACAGUAAUCCAUCACGAGCAUGGCCAGACAUCUACGACUAACCCUCGCAAUCUUAACGAAACCUUCGUCGUAGAUAACACAGACAGACGAACUCACAUCUCCACAGAAGAUUCGUCGUUAAACAUAGGGGAUAUAUCUUAUGUCACUCCAGAAAUACAUAUAGAAGAGUAAGUUCACAUUUCAUUGUUACACUCAAUGUAUU